GUAUGAUAAAAAGUGGUACUCCAAUUUCUCAAUGUCUUGCAUUACUUUAUGAAUCUAAACGAGUAAUACGAAUACAAGAUGUUUUAGAUUAUUUUCCUGAAUUUACAAAAAUUGAACAUUUUAAAGAGCCAUUAAUGGGAUUUCUUAAAGAAUAUUCAAAUGAAAUUAAGAAACUUCAAAUGGAAAUACGUGAUGCAACAGAAAUGGCUGAAGAAUUAAAUGAAGAAAUUGAUAAAGGAAAAUCAAGUUUUAUGGUUAUUCGUGCAAACAGUUCGUGUUCAUUUUGCCGAGAAUCUUUGCUUAAACGUCAAUUUGUUGCUUUUCAAAAAUCUCCUGAAUUUGUUAAAUUAUUGGCUGAAGAGCGUAUUCUUAAAAAAGAAUUUAAAAAAGUUACGGAAAAUACAACAAUUAAUAUUUUGAGGCAACGAGGUGAAAAAAAUGGAAGAGAAGAAGUUACAAAACGCCAACUAGAUACAGUCCGUACACGGAUAGAAGAAUUAUUAUUGGGAGAUUGCCCCCUUUGUGGAUUACAAACAAUUGAGGAUGUUGAUAAACCGUUUUUUGAUAGUGGAGAUGAUUAUUUGGAACAACUUAAAAUGUGGAUACCUUGA